AUGAAAAAAGUGUUUGUUUGCUUAUUGGCAUGCGUUGCUGUUUGCUCCGCUACAUUUGGAAAAUUCGGAGGUGGUGGCGGAGGAUCUAAAGAAAGACAUAAAAAACUAGAAAUGUUUUCAAACAAUGAAAUUGAAAAUACUCAUCAAGUUCAUCAUGGAUAUGAAAAUCUAAUGAAUCCUUUAAUUUUCUCAGGCUGGUCUUCAGGCGGCGGUGGCGGCGGAGGAGGCUUUGGUGGUUGGUCCUCCGGAGGAUACGGAGGCGGCGGCGGCAGCAGAUAUGGAGGCGGUGGUCGUGGAGGAGGUGGUUAUGGAGGCGGCGGAUUUGGAGGAGGCCAUGGAGGCGGCGGCGGUGGUGGCGGAGGACAAAUUAUUAAAAUAAUUAAAGUCGUCCCAGUCUCAGGAGGAGGCGGUGGCGGACAUGGAGGCGGCGGAGGUUGGUCACGGUCACGCGGUGGCUGGAGCUCCGGUGGAGGCGGAGGAGGAGGCCAUGGAGGUUGGUCACGAGGGGGAGGUGGGCAUGGCGGUGGCGGCGGAGGCCAUGGAGGCGGCGGAGAACAAACUGUUAAAAUAAUUAAGGUCAUCUCAGAAUCAGGAGGUGGCGGCGGACAUGGAGGCGGCGGCGGAGGCCAUGGAGGUGGCGGCGGAGGCCAUGGAGGUGGUGGUGGAGGCCACGGGCAUGGUGGUGGCGGCGGAGGCCAUGGAGGUGGCGGAGAACAAACUGUUAAAAUAAUUAAGGUCAUCUCCGAGUCAGGAGGUGGCGGCGGACAUGGAGGCGGCGGCGGAGGCCAUGGACAUGGAGGCGGCGGCGGUGGAGGCCACGGACAUGGAGGCGGCGGCGGCGGAGGCCACGGACAUGGCGGUGGCGGCGGAGGCCAUGGAGGUGGUGGCAAAGUUACUCUCGCACUUGUAGAUUGCACGAAAGACCAUGGAAGUGAUGGAGGACAUGGAGGAGGAGGUGGAGGUGGAUCCUCUGGCUGGAGUUCAGGUGGAGGCGGAGGAGGACAUGGAGGUGGUAUUUCCUCUGGAUGGUCCUCAGGCGGCGGCGGCGGUGGUGGAUAUGGAGGUUGGUCACGUGGUGGAAGCGGAUGGAGCUCAGGCGGCGGCGGUGGUGGAUGGCCCUCAGGCGGCGGUGGAUCCAGUGGCUGGUCAUCCGGAGGCUCAGGUGGUGGUGGAAGUGGAUGGUGGUAAAAACCAUAUCUUACCAUUAUCAAAUCUCCCACACUCAUUCUCCAGUAAAACACUACUAUAAACUCUUAGCUUUCCUCUUGUAAUAUAUCUGUUGAAAAUGAAUGUGAUCAUACAGUUAAUUUAUUCCUCCCGAAAGUGAAUUUUGUACAGAUUUCACAUACAAAUGAAAAUAAAACAUAAAUUGUUAGAAAAUAAUAAAUGAAAA